AUGGCAAACGAACGCCCCAAUAUCGUCUUCAUCAUGGCCGAUGACCAUGCGGCCAAGUCGAUCUCGUGCUACGGCGCAGGGAUCAACCACACGCCCAACCUGGACCGCAUCGCGAAGGAGGGCAUGCUCUUCAACCACUGCUACGUGACCAACAGCAUUUGCACUCCCUCAAGGGCAGCCAUCCUGACAGGCCAGCACAACCACGUCAACGACGUGAUGACCCUCGACUCCAAGAUCAAUAAGCGCGGCCCCAACGUCGCCAAGCAGCUGCGCAGCCACGGCUACCAGACGGCCAUGGUCGGCAAGUGGCACCUUGGAGAGGGCAAGGAGCACGAACCCUCUGGAUUUGACUACUGGGAUGUCGUCCCGGGCCAAGGCGAGUACUGGGACCCUUCAUUCAUCGGCCAGAACGGUACCCGCAAUAUCCCCGGCUACGCCACCGACAUCAUCACCGACCUGAGCCUCGACUUCAUCAAGAAGCGUGAUACAAAGAGGCCAUUCUUCCUCAUGUGCCACCACAAGGCGCCGCACAGGAGUUGGGAAUACGACCCGAAGCACAAGGACCUGUACAAGGAGAAGGUGAAGGUUCCUGACACCUUUACCGAUGAUUACAAGAAUCGCGCCAGGGCGGCUAAGCUUGCCAAGAUGCGCGUGGCUGAGGACAUGACCUACUUUGAUCUGGGCAUUGUCCAGCCUGACGGAGGCUCCGAGAUUGGCGAGAAGAUGAUCAACGCCUGGUGGUGGACCGACAGGAAAAUUCCCGCGCCGGAGGAUGUCACGAAGCUAAAGCUGAUUGACAAGCAAGAUGGGACUGUCUUUACCUUCAAGACCCCAGAGGAGCUGGCGGACUUCAAGUUCCAACGCUACAUGCAGCGCUAUCUGCGCACCAUCCAGAGCGUCGACGACAACGUCGGCCGUCUCCUGGAUUUCCUCGACGCGGAAGGUCUCGCCGAGAACACGAUUGUCAUCUACACCAGCGAUCAGGGCUUCUUCUUGGGCGAGCACGGCUGGUUCGAUAAGCGCUUUAUGUACGAGGAGAGCUUCCAGAUGCCCUUCAUGAUCCGAUACCCCAAGGAGAUCAAGGCCGGCUCUGUCUGCAACGACAUCAUCUGCAACGUGGACUUUGCGCCCACUUUCUGCGACUUUGCCAACGUCACGAUCCCCACCUUCAUGCAGGGUGUCUCCUUCCGGUCGCUGGUGCAGGGCAAGACGCCCGAGAACUGGCAGCAGGUGGCCUAUCACCGGUACUGGAUGCACAACGACAUGAUCCACAACGCCUACGCCCACUACGGCGUGCGCGACCAGCGCUACAAGCUCAUCUACUGGUACAACGAGGACUUUUGCCUCGAGGGUGCCCGCCCCGGCGAUGCGGACCAGAAGGAGUGGGAGCUGUUCGACUGCGACGAGGAUCCGCUCGAGCUGUUCAACGUGUACGACGAUCCCAAGUACCAGGACGUGAGGAGGAAGAUGACCCUGAUGCUGGAGGCCAAGAUGGCUGAGAUUGGUGAUGUCCCGGUUCACGAGAUGCUCUCUCUGACGGUGUCGUGA